AUGGCGGCGGCCGUGGCCGUGGGUACCGGCGCGGGCGCCGGCGGCUCGAGCGCUGCGGGCGGCGGGGCGCGCGAGGGCGCGCGAGUGGCAGCUCUGUGCCUGCUAUGGUACGCCCUGAGCGCGGGCGGCAACGUGGUCAACAAGGUGAUCCUGAGCGCCUUCCCUUUCCCGGUGACUGUGUCGUUGUGCCACAUCCUGGCGCUGUGCGCAGGGCUCCCGCCGCUGCUGCGCGCCUGGCGUGUGCCUCCCGCGCCGCCUGUCGCGGGUCCGGGGCCCGGUCCGCAUCCGUCGUCCGGCCCGCUGCUGCCUCCGCGCUUCUACCCGCGCUACGUGCUGCCACUCGCCUUUGGCAAGUACUUUGCGUCUGUGUCGGCGCACGUCAGUAUCUGGAAGGUGCCUGUGUCCUACGCGCACACGGUCAAGGCCACCAUGCCCAUCUGGGUGGUUCUCCUGUCCCGGAUCAUCAUGAAGGAAAAACAAAGCACCAAGGUGUACUUGUCCCUUGUCCCCAUCAUCAGUGGUGUUUUGCUGGCCACCGUCACUGAGAUGUCAUUUGACAUGUGGGGGCUUAUCAGUGCCCUGGCUGCCACACUCUGUUUCUCGCUUCAGAACAUCUUCUCCAAAAAGGUGUUGCGAGAUUCCCGGAUCCACCACCUACGGCUGCUGAACAUCCUGGGCUGCCAUGCAGUCUUCUUCAUGAUCCCCACAUGGGUGCUGGUGGACCUCUCAGCCUUCCUCAUCAGCAGUGACUUGGCCUACAUCUCUCAGUGGCCCUGGACCCUCUUACUGCUGGCUGUCAGUGGCUUCUGUAACUUUGCUCAGAAUGUCAUUGCCUUCAGCAUCCUCAAUCUCAUCAGUCCCCUGAGCUACUCAGUGGCCAAUGCCACCAAGAGGAUCAUGGUCAUCACAGUGUCCCUCAUCAUGCUGCGCAACCCUGUCACCAGCACCAACGUGCUAGGUAUGAUGACAGCCAUCCUGGGGGUCUUCCUAUACAACAAGACCAAGUAUGACGCAAACCAGCAGGCCCGGAAGCACCUCCUCCCAGUCACAGCAGCAGACCUGACCAGCAGGGAGCAUCUGCGGAAGCCUCUGGAGAAGCCCCACAAUGGCAUCCUCUUUCCCCAGUACAAUGACUUUCAGUACACCAGUAACAUCCUCCUCACAGACCAUUUCCAGUACAACCGUCAGAGCCACCCAAAUGCCUACACCUUGAACCAUCAUGAGGUGUAGUGUCCCAGGCCAGGCACCUUGUGCCUGUUUUCAAUGCCCAGCAGUAUCAGAAUGUUCUGGAAACCAGUGAAUGUAUAAACCAGCUGACAAGACAACCUGUGACUGGCCACCCCAGAGUCCUUGGUUCCCAUGGAUGCAGGAUGUAACCACAGCAUGGACAUCCACAGGCUUUGGACAGAGGGCACAUGAAACUGAGACCACACAUGCUUCUACCUGGAGCCUGCCACUAGAGGGCUGAGAUUCCACCCACAGAGCUCAUGGCACACUUGCAUUUGUGUACAAGGUUGUCUCCAAGCAAUGCACUUCAGAGUCCUUGUCCGGCUUUCUGGAGGCUUUGAAGCCCCUCUGCAGAAAUGGGAUUGCUGUGGCCACAGACCUGGAAGCCAAUCUCUGUGUUGCCUUUUGAAGGUCUAGGAGAGGAUGGCAGUAUGGUGGCUUGAGAAUGACAAGCCUCCAGCUUUAAUUCUACAGACCAAACAUGCAUAGGGUUGAGAUGGAUAUCACAUGGGCAAGGAACCUGGGAGAGUGACACCAAAUGUCUUAGCCACUAAGAUAGCCCUGGAAUCCUCCCAGGCAGCCUCCAUAGCCCCUUUUAGCUGCUGGCACUUGCUGCAGUGUGGGAAGAUUUGCAGUUAGCACUGAACUCCAUGCAAGUGGGAGCUGGCAUCUGCCUUAAUGCAGAGGGUAGGGAAAUUGAUGUGUAUUCCCUAGCAGAGCAGGACAAGGCCUGGCCUGCAUGCUAUUCAGGACAGGAAUAUCUGUAGGAAAUCAGUGGUGUCCUUUUGGACAUUUCUCUACACUUCUGGGACAAUGUGGAAGGCCAUCUAUCUGGUGGAUACACAAUCUUGAUUUUCUGAACACUUGCAUUUUUCUAGGGACUAUUUUGUAGUUCUGUGUGAGUUUUUGUGCCUGGGUCCUUACCAGGCAACAUAGCAGGUCUAGUUGAUGGAUCAGAAAUCAUUUGUUUUUUCCUACUGUUGAGAUUCCUACUGGUAAAGCCUGCCCCAGAAAUCUUGGUUACAGCAGGGAGAGUUGAAAUUUCCCAAAGCUACAGUCUCAGCUGUUGGAGUGGCUAGAGAUGAAGUCCCAUGUUUCCUCGAGACCAUAUGGCACCUCACUUCCCUGACGUGAGUCUACAUCACAUUUGCAUCAGGGUCUAACUCAUGUAGGGGAGCAUCAAGCUGGGCCUUGUUUGCCAAAUCCAACUCCUAAUUUAGGGGGCCGGGAAUGUGACUCAGUUGAUAAGAGUCUUGCCUAGCAUGCAUGAAGCCCUGGGCUCCAUCCUUAUUAUCACAGAAACCAGAUGUGGUGGUGGAUCAGGCGUUCAAUGUUAUCCUUGGCUACAUGAGUUUGAGGCCAACCUGAGCUAAACAAGAACUUAUCUUUUUAAAAAAAAAAGUGCCCAGCCUGGUGAUACAUACCAAGAAUCAGAGACAGUUAGAUGGCCAUGAGUUCAAGGGCCUGGUCUAUAUAGCAAGACAAUCAGAAAAACAAAGCAAGAAAAUAUUGGGCCAGGCAUGGUGGUAUAUACCUUUAAUCCCAGCACUUGGGAGGCAGAGGUAAGAGGAUCACUAUGAGUUCAAGGCCACCCUGAGACUACUAGUGAAUUUCAAGUCAGCCUAGGCUAGAGACCCUACCUUGAAAAAAAAUGAGGGAGUUGGGGGAGGCACCUAGCCUAGUGACACACACCUGUGCUCCCAACUACUUGGGAGACUGAGGCAGAUGGAUCAGUAUAGCCCAGGAAUUAAAGGCCAGCCUAUGCAAUGUAUCUAGACUGUAUCUGAAAACUAAAUGAGAAGCUCGGGUUUUGCCACAUCUGGUAAAUGAUACGACACCCAUGUGCUAUUUUGGUUUUCUGGCAUUCUAAAGGGACUAUCCUCAAGAGGGGUGCCACUGGCUUCAUUUGACUUAACCCAGGCUGAUCUCAAACUCACUGUGUAGCUGAGGAUGAUUUUGAACUUCUGAUCCUCCUGACCACUGGAAUGACCAGUGCACCAUGCCCAGCCCUUGACUCCUAGUUUUGGUUCUUUUUUGCUGUUGACUAAUUGGGAUUUUGUAUUUAAGAGGUUGAAUUUUGUCAGCUUUUUCUCUGGCUUGCCUGAGACUUUAUGCAGCCCUGGCCUUGGGAGAGUGUCUAUCUGUCUCAGGUUUAUUUGCUUUAUAAAUAUGUUGAGGCAAGUGCUAUGAGGAAAGAAGCCGUUCUGGUAUGUUGUCUGUGUGAGGACCUUGCCUUUGGUGAAGGCUGUGCAAUCUGGGGCUGGAUGUUUCUCACUGGGCAAGAACAACAGAUAGUAACUUACUACUGCAGAGACAGCUGCCUGAAUGACAGUGGUUGACUGCUGGAUAUGUGACUCAACUCCAAAAUGAAUUAUGGAUUUAUGAUGAUGUUGAGGUUUGUAUAUUACCAUGUUUUUCUUUUCCAAUGCAAGAACUGCUGGUAAGGAGAAAUGACUGUCUUGGUUUUCUUAUGACUUAUAAAUUAAUAAAUUGUCUAUUUAAUUCUGUACAUAAA